UUCCCCUUGGCUCUCGCCAGGUAAUCUUGGCAACAGGCUGGGGCUAGAAAGGUUAAGGGGGGGGCAGAGCUGGAAAAUAACAACAUUACAUAGGAAUAGAGGGUAGCUUGUCUGGGGAAAAAAAAUCAAAUUGGGAACACAAUGAGCCAGGAACAAGCUGCUCUACAGAGAACUUUUGCCAGCAGGAGGCUGAGGCAACAGAAAAAAACUAUCCAACAUCUCAUUAAUUCUCUUUGCCUGCAGUUUUCCCAUAAGAAGUUUUUUUUUUUUUUAAAUGUGUUUUGAAAAGUGAGACAAUAAUGGCUCCAUGCUAAACUUGUACUCAUUACUUCUGGACCUACGACUAGAGAUGGAGAGAAAGAGGCAGACCUGUGUCAUGCAGCCAGGAUGGCCUCAAGUCAAAGAGGAGAAGGGAGUCAGUGUUAAAACUGACAAUGGGCCACAGAGUGACCCUGUGAGGAAGGAGAUGUGGAGGCUUGGCCAGAUUGAUGAACCGCUUCAAGAAAAGACAAAGGAACUCAGAUUUCCCAGGGGCCUGGAGGUGAAAUCACACCAGAAAAGCUCAGUUGUGCAGAACGAAAGGAGUAAAGGUCAUCCGCAUGGGUGGGUCAGCCACAGUUUGACAUCCUCCUUUUUCCUCCAAGAUCAUUUCCAUAAGCUCACCCCAGAUGGUAUUAUGAAGCCAAUUUGCCUACAACUUUGUGCUUAUUUUGUCCUUGCUCUAGGGCCUUGGAGGUCCAAGGAGCAGAAGGCAAAAACAGGGAGAGAGGGACAGCUGGAGAAAGAAAGGACUAAAAAAGAAAGGGAGGAAGAGCCAAAUGGGAAAGAAGAAAAAGGAGAAGAUGAGGGAAAGACUGUGAAAUCUAUAGCAGAUGGAACCAUCUUUCAUUUUUAAAACACUAGCAGCAUCCUACCUAGAAACAUAGGCUUGUUGACCAUGGGCUGAGUGUUGGGGGAAGAGGGAGAAAAGCUAAAGACUAAAAUGAAGGGGAAAGAGAAUCUCUAUCUUGAAAAUGAUCCGUGAAAUUGCUUCGUCUGAGAGGAUGGCCAUAAACUGCAGAAAGGAAGAAAGGAAGCCUGGGCUGAGGGGGGGAGAAAGUGCAUUUCUGUUUUAUCUGGAUUAAGUAGACCCCAUGCCCUGCCUCCAUAUCCACAAUGGCAGAGAACUCUUUCAGCAAUUGAUUCCCAAAGGUUUUACUGCUGAUUCAUUUAGAUGAGAGAUCAGUUGGCAAAUUAAGCCUGCCUGGAGAGGCUCAGAGCAGGUUUCCUAUUUCUCCUCCUCAUUAUGUUUUGUUUGUUGUUGGUUUUUAAAAAAAAAAUCUAAAUCUGUAAUUUCAUGGUGUAGGGAACUUCUGGGGCGGAAACAUCUUCUAACGAUGUGGCUGGCGAUUAUGACACAAGUUUAGAAUAUUGUCCUGGGCAGUGAGAGAUGAAAUGAUUUCCUAGUGCCACACAUCUAUCAGAGAGAGUUCUCUUCAUGACCUUCAUCUAUCUGCUGAGCCAGGCUACCACUCUGGUUAUGGGUUUAUAUUUGGGAAAACUGGGGCAGGUAGGUGGCACAGUGAAUAGAGCACUGAGCCUGGAGUCAGGAAGGCAUUUUUCCCUGAGUUCAGAUCCAGCCUUAGACACUUACUAGUUCUACCAAGAAAACUCCAAAUGCAGUCACAAAGAAUCUCUCAUGACUGAAAAAUGAUUGCACAAAUGAGCUGGGAUGGGGGUUGUGGGUGGGAAAGAGAUUUUUCUUUAGCCUUUAGGUUAUGGCCAGAUGAAUAGGAUAAAGAUUCGAAGAGACUUUGGAAAUUGGAGACAUGGUCAGGAACAGGUAAGAUUCUCCUCCAUGACUCAGGUAGGUUACUAUGUGCCCAGCACCAUGGUAGGCGAGAUGAAGGAGAAGUAAAUAUGGGGUGUACAAAUGUAUAAAUAUAUGAUGGGAAUCACCGGUCAUGUACAAAUGUGUAGAAAAAAAUCUUUUAAAAAUGCAUUUAUUUAUUUGAUUAAUUUAGAAUAUUUUUCCAUGGUUACAUGAAUCAUGUUCUUUUCCUCCCCUCCUCCCACCCUCCUCCCAUAGUCAACGAGUAGUUCCACUGGGUUUUAUGGUCCUUGAUCAAGACCUAUUUCCAUAUUAUUAAUAGUUGCACUAGAGUGAUCAUUUAGAAUUUAUAACCCCAAUCAUAUCCCCAUCGAACCAUUUGAUCAAGGAAAUGUUUUGUAAAAACAAUUCUAAGGAUCACAGUGGGCUGCAAAACGACCUUGUCCAGCAAUGGUGUAGUUAAAAUGAAAUGUAAUUAAGAAAUUAAGCCUAUUGAAACCAUAUGGGAUACUGAAGCAAUUCAUCCAAUUUCAUAGUAUGAUAUAUUCUUUUUAAUGAUGGGUAGCUAUUCUCCCUGAUAACAGAAUAAGAGGAGAAGGGUUUUUAAUUAGCAUUGUGGAGUGGAAAGAGAACUGGACUUCAAAUCAGAGCAGAAAGAGCCAUUACCUUUGGGGCCACAGGGUCUUGGUUCAAAUCCUGCCUCUGAUGUUUAUCUGUUUCUUUUGCAUGACCAUGGACAAUCAAUUAAUUAUCCUGAACAUCCCUUUUCUCAUCCAUAAAAUGAGUUUGUUGAAUUAGAUGGUGUCUGAGGUUCCCUCCAGCUCUAAAUUAGAAUUCAUGAUAGAUGCAGAAGAUAGGAUACUUGGCCUGUGGAUAGAAGACCUGAGUUCAAAUAUGAAUUCAAACACUUACUAGCUGUGUGAUUUGGGGAAAGUCACUUAACUUUCAUUUACCUCAGUUUCUUUAACUGCAAAAGGGGAUACGAAUAGCACUAACUAUAGGGUUGUUAUGAAUGAGAAAAUUGAUGAAAAUUUUUUAAGCAUUUAGCAAAAUAUCUGCACAUAGUAGACUUUACAUAAAUGUCUCUUCCCCUUGCAUUAAUAUUUACUAGCUGUUUGACCUUAAGCAAGUCACUUAAUUUCUCUAAUUCCUCAUAGGCAAAACGAGGAUAAUAAAACUUGCAUUGCCAAUUGUGCUGGGCUGUUGAGAGGAAAGUGCUUUGCAAAAGUUCUUUAUAAAUGGGAAUUGUUGCUGUUUUAUAGGCUGAGCUGAGAGAAGGUAUUUUUUUUUUAAACCCUUACCUUCCGUCUUGGAGUCAAUACUGUGUAUGUCUCUAAGGCAGAAGAGUGGUAAGGGCUAGGCAAUGGGGGUCAAGUGACUUGCCCAGGGUCACACAGCUGGGAAGUGUCUGAGGCCAGAUUUGAACCUAGGACCUCCCAUCUCUAGGUAUGACUCUCAAUCCACUGAGCUACCCAGCUGUCCCAGAAGGUAUUUUUAUACCACAAAUCUGUUUGAAAAUGGGUACAUCUGUGGGUUACUAUUAUGAUGAUUAAAAAUUCCAAAGGUUUAGGUUCUGGGUAAGAAAAUCAAUUUACUGUUCACACUAGCAAAUAACCAAUUAAUUAAUUGGUCAAAUAUCUCUCUUGGUGACCAAAGACAAAGGCAUUUAGCAUCUUGCUUCAUAAAAUACAGUUUUGGAAAUUCAUCAUUCAACCCUCCCUAGACAUCCCAAGACAUCUCUAAUUGGUGAAUACUUAAUGAGAAGGUGGAUUUGAUCACUCAUGGUCCCUCCCUAAUUCCUUGAUGAUGAUGGAAAAUCAUAUGUCCAAUCCUAGAAUUCCAAUAUCUAGAUGAAGAAAUCAUGUUAUGUUUGGUUAAGAGUGGCACUGUCCAUUCACCCUAAUGUCCACCAAAAGGGACUGUGGUGUUGCCUCCCCUCCUUCCCCCUAUACUUGGCUUAAGCUAGUUCUUGUUGACCUAACAAGAUGGAGCUCAUGAUUUUAAUUUCAAUUAUCCCAGUGUAGAACUUGGUUUGGGGUAGGGAAAAUUCCUUGGAGUUCCAGGAACAAAGGAAUAAGGAAAAAGGUUUGAAAGACAGAUUAAGCCUCAAUUACAAAAUUAUAAAAAGCAUUCCUUACAAAUAGGUAUAAUACAAGCAUUAGAAAUAAAUCUUCUCACUGUAGGGUUUGAAUGAAUACUGUAGUUAGUACACACGAUGAUAUACUCAAAUAAAGACCAUUGUGCUAUGAACAGAGAAAUUUUCUGAACAUUGAAAUGUUCACUUUUAUUAAAAGUAAACUAAAAAGUUUGGCCCUUUUUAUUGACUUCCUUCCAGCAGUUUUCCUCCCCUCUUUUCUCUAUGCCCUCAUCCAUAUCCCCUGUCAUUUAUGUUAUGCCCUAGGUAGCUGUGUGUCUACCUUGUCCAUUCCUAAUCCCAGAUCUUGAUGUCAAUGCAAGAAGCAAUUUCCAUUGGAAAGUAAUGAAAUUUCCUUUCUGGCAAUUCCAGAUAGAUACAUUCUCCUGUCUGGGAUGCCUCAGUACACAGUAGGAUCUUGUUUUCUGAGAACUCAACACAUGAAUUCAGGAAACGCAGGAAUUGUGCCUAUUAGUGUCACUGGGUCCAGCAUGUUCCCGAGGCUCACGACCCUUCUCUUGCUGGCCUGGGCUGCCUCGGUGGCCAGUGACCGGGUGUAUGUGCACCCUUUCCACCUCCUCACCAAUAACCAGAGCAGCUGUGAUGAGCUGAAGAACAAGGACGCGAUGGCCUCUGAGGAACAGACCUUUACCCCCGUCCCCAUUCAGGCCAAGACUUCGGCCCUGGAUGAGAUGGCCCUGAAGGAGCAGCUGGUAUCUUUCGGCCAGACACUAGAUAAAGAGGACAAGAGGAGGGCAAACGACGUGGCCCUCCUGGUGAACUUCGUGGGUUUCCGCAUGUAUAAGAUACUAAGGCAGAUGGUGACCCCAGACAAUGGGGCGAUUCUCUUGUCCCCCAUGGGCCUCUUCGGGACUCUGGCUUCCUUCUACCUGGGCGCUGAGGACCCCACAGCCACUCAACUCCAAGAACUUCUGGGAGUCCCUGGAAAAGAUGAGAACUGCACUUCCCGACUGGAUGGACACAAGGUCUUCUCUGCCCUGAAGGCUGUCCAGGCCCUUCUCUUGGCCCAAGAAGAGAAGGGGAGCCCCAGUCUGCUCCUGACCACAGUGGUGGGCCUCUUCACCUCCCCUACGCUGCGUCUGAAGCAGUCAUUUGUGCAAGGCUUGGCUCCCUUUACCAGCAUCACCUACUCCCGCUCCCUAGAUUUGGCCACAAACUCAGACCUUGCCGCGGAGAAAAUCAACAGGUUCGUGACAGCUGUCACAGGGUGGAAAAGGAGCACGCAACUGAUUGGAAUCAGCCCCGACACCACAUUGCUCUUCACUACUUACAUGCGCUUCCAAGGGGAAAUAAAGGGAAUUUAUAAAUUGGAAGAGCCCCAGGUGUUCUGGGUAAACAACACCACUGGGAUAUCCGUGCCAAUGCUUUCAGGGACAGGCACCUUCCUGUACUGGAAUGAUGUGGAAAACAAAUUCUCUGUGACUCAAGUGCCAUUUAACAAGAAUGCCUUCCUCCUACUGAUAAAGCCUCAAAAUGAUGACCUAGAGAAACUCGAGAAUCUUGUUUUGGUCCGUAACUUUUCAAGUUGGAUGAAAAAUCUGUCCCCCCGGAAUAUCCAUUUGACCUUGCCAAAACUGGCACUAGAGAGCUCCUAUGAUGUGCAGAACCUGCUCGCCUACACCAAACUGCCUGGAUUGCUUGGAAAGGAGGCAAAGCUGAACAAAAUAAGUGAUGCAAACCUCAAAGUUGGAAAGGUGAUGAAUACAGUCCUUUUUGAAUUGAAAGAGAGUCAGAGAGAACAAGAUUCUUUCCAACAGCAGAAUGAAGCUGUUCCCCUGGAAGUGAAAAUGGACCGUCCAUUCUUGAUGGUUCUCUAUGAGCAAGCGACAAAAACCCUCUUUUUCUUCAUUCGUGUGACAAAUCCAUUGAGGGAUGUUUGAGACCCCAAGACCACACAUGGACCUCCAUGACAGAAAAGGGCAAGCUAAAGAACCUUAAGUUUCUAUAAGAUUUAAAACUAUUAUUCCUUUGCCGUCUUGGGCACUCUAUAAAGUUGGUGCCAAUAACUCAGAAUAGUAGCAGAUGGCAUAAAUGCUAAAUUGUCACCAAUUUUCACUUUUCCUUCUAAUUAUUCAACUGUGAGCUAGUGGGAAGACCUUUCUCCUUAGUAAAUAGGAUAAUUACUACCAUGAACUUGUGAUGGCAUAAAUAAGCUUCAAGAAGAUUCCUUUUUAAGAUCCAGAGUUUAUCAUGGAGCUGUUGCUGGUUUUAACAAGAGUUGGCGAAAACCAUCUAAAUGGUGUUUAGAAACUGAAAAAAAAAAGAUUCAUUUUUAGUGGAGAAGAAAAUUUCCGUCUUAGAAUAUAAUUGCUUGCUGCCUAUAUACAGACCCAGCUCAUUUAGCAUUUAUGAGUUACUUAUAUAUGGUUUGGAAAAAGGCCUUUUUCUUUCAUAUGAUAGAUUUUACUUUAAAAACAAAAAAGCUGGGAUGGAACAUAUUAGACAACCAGGGGAAAUCUAUGAAUACCCCCAAGCAUGGAAACACUAUGCCACUGGUGAUUUUAUGUUACUAAUAAAGAAGCUUUGCUUUAUUAAAAAAAAGUUUUACCUUUCACUUAGUAGAAGCCCAGAUAAACAAUGGGCUAAUAGGAUGUUUUGUUACAUAUGAAUGCAUAAAUAAAGGUGCUCUAUAGACUAUAAAACACAUUUUGUAUGGAAUAUCUGUGCAAGUCCUGUCCCUGGUACCUAACAGGUGUCUAGGAACAGUUUUUGGCAAUGUCUGACCCAGUCUCCUUCCAUUUUUAAACAGUAAUGGUUGCCACAAAGCUGGAUUUGUGUCUGUAAGAAAUAUUUCAUCUCCUAUUGUGGCUGAAAAGUGAAAAAGGAAUGAGACUUCAGGAGCCAUGGAAGGAGCGGGUCUAUUGAUUUGACAGUCAGGUGUCAGGAGCAUUAACAUUUCAAGACUGUCAUUUGUAUUUUACAUGGGAGACUUUACUAUAAAUAUAUAGCACAAGAUGGGAUGUGGAGGGGACAAACUAUUCACAAAUAAACAUUUGCAAGUUGCUUUCA